AUGGCCCAGCAUCCCUUAUCUCCCAACGGCCGAAAGGCUGGAUCAGCUGGCGAUACUGCAUUGGCUUAUUGGAGAGAUCAUUUGAGUUGGUGGCAUGAUUGGACACCAGCUCCUUCAAGCAGCAAGGGCGCAGGACUUGUUCCCGUCUCUAUGCUUUGGGGUGGUGGCAACAACGGGAAACUCGACGCCCAGAGACUGCAACAGUUUCAACAGUUAAAAACCACGCCUGCCUAUGUUAUGGGCUUCAAUGAACCAGAUUGCUCUGGAGCCGACAUUUCUGCAAACAUCGAUGUCAACAGAGGCGUCAGCUUGUGGAACAGCUUGAUCGCUCCUAUGGGCCAGAAGGGAGCUCUUCUCGGCAGCCCGGCCAUGUGUCGCCAGAAGGAUGAGUCGUGGCUCAAACAGUUUAAUCAACAACCACUUGCAAGGAGCUGGGACUUUACUUCCAUCCACAUCUUUAAGCCGGACAUGGCAGGCGUGCAAGCCGACAUCGACUACUACUGGAACACGUAUAAGAAGCCACUCUGGGUGACGGAAUUUGCAUGCGUCUUCGACCAAAACAACUUUACGCCUUGCACGGAUCAGAACCAGAUCAACCAAUGGAUCAGCGACAUUGUGGAUUUGUUUGAAGCCAACGAACAUGUACUUGCGUAUGCAUACACUGAUGGUCUCGGCUUGGGAUCUGCCUGGCCUCCCGUGAAGAGCGAUGGAUCUCUCUCUCAGUCAGGCCAAGCGUAUUUGAAUGCUAUCAGCAGGUAUUACUAA